AGAAAAGCGAUAAAUUAUACGGGAAAAAAAAUGUUGAAACAUUAAUUGCAGAGAUUAACCCCUCAAUUAUCUUCUUAAUAUCUAAGCCAAAUUGGCUGUUCAUUCUUGAUCGAUCCCAGAUUUUCAUCACUGGUCUUGGUUCGAUUUCGCGAGUUCUGAUUUCAUCUCGUCUCAACCUGACCAUUGGGCUGAUAUUCAAAUUCAGAACAUGGGCUUCGAAUCCUUUUUCAAGAAGAAGAAACCCACCUCAACAUCAAGCGCAGCGGCUUCAAGAUUGGCAACACCCUUUGGAUCAAGGUCUUCCUCGAUCAGCAAAGCGUACCAAAUCGAAGAGCUUGAGCAAGUCUUCAAGAGAUUCGACGCCAAUGGAGAUGGUAAGAUCUCAGCUUCGGAACUAGGGGCGAUCUUGAGCUCUCUAGGGCACUCGGAGACUGAGGAGGAGCUCGAGAAGAUGAUCCGGGAAGUGGAUGCGGACGGGGAUGGACACAUUGACUUCAAUGAAUUUGUGGAGCUGAACACCAAAGGGGUGGACUCAGACGAGAUUAUGGAGAACUUGAGGGAGGCCUUCUCAGUCUAUGAUAUCGAUGGGAACGGCUCGAUAACAGCGGAGGAGCUACAGGAGGUUCUGCAGAGCCUCGGCGAGGAGUGCUCCAUUGGGGAAUGCCGCAAGAUGAUCAGCGGCGUCGACAGUGAUGGUGAUGGCAUGAUCAGCUUUGACGAGUUUAAGGUCAUGAUGAUGGUGGGCUCUCGCUCGUUCAUUGGCGCCGCUGAAGCACUAUCCCCGACUAAUUGACCAGCUUCAGUGAAACUACUCGUUCACUUUCUGAUUAUUAUCUUCUUAGUGUCUCACUCGUUGCCUCUCUUUUUCAUGAGGCGCGAAGUAUGUCUUAUUUGGUGAAAAUCUGUACGCUUUCUAGACUCGAUUCGUCCGACGGGACUAACCUAAAGAUUAUCAGUGCAUUUCCUACAUUUAUACAUACAUCGUUGUUUG